UACUUUGAUUUUGAUCUUAAAAUCUGGAAGCCACUGGGAAUGUCAGGGGAAGGAGGCAGAACUGCAGGAAUAUCACAUUACUGUGCAGAGACUGUUGGUAAUACUUUGUAUGUUGCCGGAGGUCGCCCAAAUUACACUAACACUGAUUUUAUUUCUUGUUAUGACUUAGAAAGAAAUGUGUGGAAAACACACCCGUACUCUGUUGGAACAAUCAGCAAUAUGUGUACCGUAGGAGACUACUUGUAUACAUUUGGUUCUAAUUGUCGAAAGCCUCCUCAGCGGUAUAGCUUGUCUGAGGGUCAAUGGCAGAGUUUUGCAAACGUCAAGGGUACGAGGGGGAUGUACUUCCACAAUAGUGGAGCCACAGCGCUUCAUUCUGAUGUUUUUGUUCUUUAUGGAAAAAGAUUUAAUGAAAAAGGUUAUUGGUACGUGCGAAAUGCCUCGUUACAUUGUUUUGAUCACGUUAGAAACGCUUGGGAAGAAAAAGCAUCAACCUGCCAUCCUCAUUUUGGGUCCAGUCUUUUUGUAGUGAACGAUAAACUUUACGUAGCAGGGGGUAAGGUUGAUGCUAAUUCCGAAGGUUCACUGUUUGGUGACCCUGCACCAGUGGAAGUGUAUGAUGAAGAAAACAACAAAUGGUCGGUUGUUGACCAAAAACAUAUUCCAGAAAACAACCUUGGUGCAGUGGAAGUAGAUGGGAGGGUUUAUUUCAUCAUCAAUAAAUUUCCAAUUGAUAGUGGUAUAAGAAUCCCACCAGGGGAGUUGUAUCCUGUUUCCUUGCACAAGUGGGAAAACCUAGGGAAUAUUUGCUGGACAGCCGCCCUCUGUUAUGCACCAAUAAAGAAAGAGAGCUUAAAAACAGGGUAA